CUGACCCGAAUUUAGAACGAGUCUUGGUUUCCAGCACUCUGGUCUCUGGUUUUCUUAUUCUCUGCCAAGGAAUCUCUUUAGACUUUGAUCCCAAAUUUCCGUAAAUAGCACUUACAAACUUUCUCUUAUCUCAAAACUUGAAGAGAAGAUGAAGUGGGCGGUGAGGUCGCCGAUGAAGAGGUUGCACGUGAAGGUGAAACCUUUGAAGCUUGAAGGGUUACGCGGAAGUGAGGAAGAAGAUGAAGGAGUUAGUAAGAAAAUGGUGUUGGUUGAGAUGGUAUGGAAAAGACCCAAGUCUGGAUUGGUUCCAUUUUACAAAUCGUCUUCAAGGCAUAGAAGGGAUCGUAGCAGCGUGAGAAUUGUAGGAAAUGGUAAGUCAAUCGAAUGGGAUGAUGAAUUCGAGAGCUUAUGCGAUUUUCCAUCUGUUUCCAAAGAUCGUGCUUCUGGUUCUUGGGAUGCGUUGUUCAAUGUCUUACAUGGGGAGGACGGGGAAAAUAGGGGUAGAUUGGCGGUGGUGGGGAAAGUUUCGUUGAAUUUGGCUGAGCUGGUAUCGGAAAUGGAGUGUUCCGAGAUUGAAAGAAAGGUUCCGAUCACGUUGAACGUCGAUGGUUCGGCCAUCAAAGCUAUUCUUUCGAUUUUAGUGAGCUUUGCGGAGGUCAGAGGACCACCAGACACGGCAGGAAGUGUCCAAAGCUCAGCCGAGUCAAACAAGGAAGAUGGGUUCUUUAAGAUGGUGAAGGGGUUGACGCGCCAGAAGAAGGAAAAGAGGGGUAAGACCAGCUGUCAAAAGAAGCAGCCGAGUUCGUGCGACUCGGACGAGUCACUUAUAUUUGACUCAGAUGGCUUGCAUGGGAGUGAGUCCACCACCACGAGUGAAAGUAGCAGCGGCGAGCUGAGUUUAGGACCUGAGUUGGAAUCGUCCCAAAGUUUGGAAACUACCCAGAACCACAUGGUAAGGCUGUUCCCCCGGAAGAAAAGGCAGUUAAGUUUUAGAUCGUUCAGGAAGAAAACAGAGUCGUUGACUAAUGAGAACAGUGAAAGUAACGAAUCUGACGUCCACCAACGCCCUCGAAGCUGUUCUGUCGUUGACUCCCAGGAUUCAAGCUGCUGGGAAGUGAAAGAAUUAGUCAGCAGAAAUGAACAAUCAAGGCUCAAAACCAAUGUGUUCUUUGCCUCGUUUGACCAACGGAGUGAGAGAGCCUACGGGGAGAGUGCCUGCACGGCCCUGGUCGCAGUCAUCGCCCACUGGCUCCAUUCAAACCAGGACUUCAUGCCAACAAGACUUCAAUUUGACAGCCUGAUUACAGAAGGAUCAUCAGAAUGGCGUAAGCUUUGUGACAACAUAACUUAUACCAAUUCCUUCCCUGAUAAACACUUCGAUCUCGAGACCGUUUUGGAAGCUGAUCUCAGGCCUGUAACAGUCUUGAAAGACAAAUCGUUUACUGGGUUCUUUAGCCCUGAGAAAUUCGAGUGCUUAAAGGGUGCCAUGUCUUUUGAUGAGAUAUGGGAUGAAAUAAGCAGCGACAGAAAUGAUUGUGCCCCGAGGGUUUAUAUCGUUAGCUGGAACGAUCAUUUCUUCGUGUUGAAGGCUGAAUCAAACGCUUAUUACAUCAUUGAUUCUUUGGGUGAGCGGCUGUUUGAGGGGUGUAACCAGGCAUACAUGUUGAAGUUUGAUGGCUCGAGUUUGUUGUAUGGGAAGAAGGCCGGGAAGCAAGAAGCAUGCAGCUCAGAGGAAACAGGUGAGGCGGAGAGGAAGGAGGGAGGUGGCGAAGAGGUAAUUUGCAGUGGGAAAGAGUGUUGCAGGGAGUAUAUUAAAAGGUUUCUGGCUGCUAUACCGGUCGGGGAACUUGAAGAGGAAGAGAAAAAGGGCACAGCGUCUACUUUCUCUCUUCACCAGCGACUGCAGAUUGAUUUUCAUUAUAGCUCUUCUUCUUCCUCCUCCUGCUCCUCCUCUGCAACUUCUUCAACUGACUUCCUUAUGUAAAGCAAAGAGUGUUUUUGAGUUCUUGUUUAGUAAUUUUCUUACUCUCCGAAGUGUUCAUGCAAAGAAAUUGAUGUACAACUAUCUUGAAACUCGAUUAGGUUUAGUUCGAUCUAAUAAAUUAUCAUAAUAAUGCAGCAAAAUUUGAAGAUUGUAACGCCCUACCA